AACCAAGAGGGGUCAGCAUAUAUAUAUAGAAGAAGGUGGACAUAGUCACAUAGACCUUUGUCGCCAAUCUUAACCAUUAGAUCAUUCAAAGCUAAGAGUACUGAUAAGUGAGGCUAAGGUACUGCGACUCAUCAACAACUAAAGUUGUUUAAAUUUUCUUCUAUUUACUUGGGCAAAGAGUUGUAGAGAGAAUUUAAGAAAGGGAAAAAGAGGAAAGGAGUGAUUAUUAAUUAAUCGAAAGAGAGAUAUCAAAAUAAUGGUGAGGCCUCCUUGUUGUGACAAAGGAGGAGUGAAGAAAGGGCCAUGGACUCCUGAAGAAGAUAUCAUUUUAGUUACUUACAUCCAAGAACAUGGUCCUGGAAACUGGAGAGCUGUUCCCACUAAUACUGGGUUGCUUAGAUGCAGCAAGAGUUGUAGACUUAGAUGGACAAACUAUUUGAGGCCAGGAAUCAAAAGAGGCAACUUCACAGAACAUGAAGAAAAAAUGAUUGUCCAUCUCCAAGCCCUCUUAGGCAAUAGAUGGGCUGCAAUUGCGUCAUAUCUUCCACAAAGGACAGACAAUGACAUCAAAAACUAUUGGAACACUCAUCUGAAGAAGAAACUCAACAAAGCCAAUCAAGAUUCUCAUCAAGAGCUUGAUCAUUCAAGAGAUCGUUCCUCGCUCUCUUCUUCUCCUUCAUCUUCUUCAGCCAAUUCCAACUCAAACAUAUCACGAGGUCAAUGGGAAAGAAGACUUCAAACCGAUAUUCAGUUGGCAAAAAAAGCCCUCUCUGAGGCUUUGUCGCCUGCCCUAGAACCGAGCAUUAACUCUACAUUGGCCACUACGGCGACAGAAUCAUCUUCUUCUGAAUCAAGACGUUCUACUUCCUCAGCUUGCGAGUUUCUUAGGACGCAAGAAACAACUACAACAUAUGCCUCAAGCACCGAGAAUAUAGCGAAAUUGCUAAAAGGGUGGGUAAAGACGUCACGAAAGACUCAGAACUCCGCUGAUCAGAGGAUUCAUCCAGAUUCUGAGACAAAAGAAGUGAUCAAGAGUGAUGAUGUUGAGAUAGAUUGUGCAGAGGCAUUUCAAGCAUUUUCAGGGUUCGAUCACUCGAAAGAUUGUGGUUCACCUGAUCAUGAGACUAAACCAGACAUAAAUGGAUGUAGUAACCAAAGUCAAUUGUACUUGUUCGAGAAAUGGCUGUUUGAGGAUUCUGGUGGACAGAUUGGUGAUAUUUUGUUGGAUGAAAACUCUAAUUUCUUCUGAAUAAUUUGGUUAAUCAGAUGGUUCUAAUUUUAGGAUCCUUUUUUUUUCUCUUUUUCUGAUUUUUUUUGGAGGUUUUACAAAUGGCCUUCUGAAUUCUGAAGGGGUCUGAAAUAUGUCCCACUUAAUGAUUUAUUUAAGUAUUGGUGAAAAGUCUUAUAUACUUCAUAUGUUUUUUUUGUCAGCAUACUUCAUAUGUUUCAUAUUAUUAGAUUUUCAAUUUUAUUUUAUUAUAAAUGUAGUUUUACAUUUUUAAAUCAAAUAUUAAAACUAUUUUUCAA